ACGGAGCAGAUGGUGUUGCAUUGUGCACGGCGCGGCGGUGAGGACGUAACGCGGGCUCGACAGCCUCCCGGUGGUUGUGUUACGCGUACUAUUAAGUUAUUUAAACAAACACCAGUACAUAACCUGUCAAACCCCGACCCGCUGCUCCAGGCGUUAUAUAUCGAGUUGUGAGCACUGACAUCAGCAAGUAAACAAGUGUGGUGAGUUAUGAGUGGCAAGAGUACCUGCAUGGACAGUAAGGAACACGUGAUUGCCGGUGCCCCUAGUCCAAGUUCUUCUGUGUCGCCCUGUAGUACCCUGCCGAAGAUGCCUGCCUACGCGGAGACCGUGCCAGACGCAAAGCCGGGGGUCAUCACCUCCCUCGCUUCACCGCUCAAGCCCGCCCAGAGCACGUCGGCGGCGCGAUGUCAGGAGGCGGUGGUGGCGAGCGGCAUGUCCGGACGCUUCCCCGAGAGCUCCAGCGUCGAGGAGUUCGCCCACAACCUCUUCAGCGGCGUGGACAUGGUUACUGAGGACGACCGCCGCUGGACCCCCGGUGUCCACGGGCUGCCUCGACGCUCCGGCAAGCUUCCUGAUCUGGCACACUUCGACAGCUCCUUCUUCAGCGUGUCUCCCCGUCAGGCCCACGCCAUGGACCCACAGCUGCGCAUACUCCUCGAACUCACCUACGAAGCCAUUGUCGAUGCAGGCUACAACCCCACCGAGCUCCGUGGGCGGCGUAUUGGCGUGUACGUCGGCGUCAGCAGCAGCGAGAGCGAGGAGGCGUGGACAGCCGACCCCGCCAACGUGUCCGGCUACGCCCUCACUGGAUGCUGCCGCGCCAUGUUCGCCAACAGACUGUCUUACACUUUCGACUUCAAAGGUCCGAGCUUCGCCAUCGACACCGCCUGCUCCUCGUCCAUGGUGGCAAUGCAGGAGGCGUGGUCGGCGAUCAGCAGCGGCGAGGUGGAGGCGGCCGUGGUGGCGGGCACUAACCUGACCCUCAAGCCGCAAAACUCGAUGCAGUUCAACGCCCUCAACAUGCUGGCGACGGACGGGAAGUGCAAGUCCUUCGACGCCUCGGGGAACGGCUACGUGAGGAGCGAGGCCGCGGCGGUGAUCUUCCUGCAGCGCGCCGCCGACGCCCGCCGCGUGUACGCCCACGUGGUGCACGUGCGCGCCAACACCGACGGCAGCAAGGGCGAGGGCAUCACCUUCCCCUCCGGCGCGGUGCAGCGGCAGCUCCUGGAGGAGGUGUACAGCCACGCCGGAGUCUCCCCUCUUGACGUGUCCUACGUGGAGGCGCACGGCACAGGCACGAAGGCUGGUGACCCACAGGAGGUUGGGGCCCUUGCUGAUGUGUUCUGCCCCGGCCGUUCCACCCCCCUGCUGGUGGGCUCCGUCAAGUCCAACAUGGGCCACGCUGAGCCUGCCUCGGGCCUCUGCUCCAUUGCCAAGGUGCUGCUGGCCAUGCAACACAAGGAGCUGCCUGGCAACCUGCACUUCACUGCUCCCAACCCUGAAAUUCCAGCUCUGAAUGAUGGCAGAAUAAAGGUGGUGAGUGAGAACACCCCGUGGCCUGGAGGUUACGCAGCAGUCAACAGCUUUGGCUUCGGUGGCGCCAACGUGCAUGUGCUCCUCCGCUCCCCCUCAGGCCCUUCCUUCGCCCAGGCUCCCCCUCAUCCCACGGCCGUCCUUAUUCCCUCCACACAGAGGAUUCCCGACCCACCAGCCACCAAUGGGGUUCUCGCACUGGACAAGUUGGCCUCUGUCAAUGGCCAUGAUAGCACGGCCAAGACCUCUGACUCCUCGGCUUACAGCAGCUGGCCUCGCCUUGUGGUAGGAGCUGGUCGCACUGAGGAGGCUGUAACCACCAUGCUGGAGGGGGCCAAGGCAAAGGGCACGCCAGCACUCUACAGCCUCCUGGACAAGCUCUCGGACAUGCCCACCACCACCCAUCCUGCUCGGGGCUUCACUGUCGUAAAUUCAGAGAAAGAUAUUGUACAGGUUUCCCGGACAUCCCCUAACACCCGUCCCCUGUGGCUGGUGUUCUCCGGCAUGGGGUCCCAGUGGGUAGGCUGUGGCAAGGCCCUCCUGUGCUACCCAGUCUUUGCCAACUCCCUCAACAGGUGCCACGCUGCCCUGGCGCCCUAUGGGGUGGACCUGAAGAACAUCCUGACCUCUGAGGACCCGUCAGCCAUGGCCUCCACGGCAGCUAGUUUUGCCUCCAUCGCAGCCAUGCAGGUUGCCUUGAUGGACAUGCUGAGGGUAGUGGGGAUCCAGGAAGUCUCUGGCAUGGUCGGCCACAGUGUUGGAGAGCUAGGUUGUGCCUACGCUGACGGCGCCCUGACAGCCGAACAAACGGUGCUGUCCGCCUACUGGAGAGGGAGGGCUGUGCAGGAGGCUAGUCUUCCCACUGGUGCCAUGGCUGCUGUCGGUCUGAGUGCCAGUGAGGCUGAGAAGUGGUGUGAGGGCAGCGUGAUGGUGGCUUGUCGCAACUCCAAGGAUUCUGUCACACUCUCUGGCCCCAAGGAGGCCAUGGAGAAGGUGAUGGAGAAGCUGACGGCUGCCGAGGUGUUCUGCCGAGCUGUGCGUUCUGAGGGCGUUGCCUUCCACCACCCGUCACUCCGGGCUGCUGCUCCUCGCCUGCUGCAGGAGCUGACUAAAGUCAUCCCGGUGGUGCGUCAACGGUCCAGCCGGUGGAUCAGCUCCUCGGUGCCGGAGAGCAAGUGGGGGACUGUUGAGGCCAGCGCCGCCUCACCCCAGUACCUGGUCAACAACCUCCUCUCACCGGUGCUGUUUGCCGAUGCUUUGGAGAAGAUUCCAGCCGAGGCCGUGGUGGUGGAGGUGUCUCCCCAUGGCCUCCUGCAAGCUAUCCUGCGACGCUCCCUGACCCAGGCCACGCCCAUCCCCCUCAUCAGGAAGGACGCCAAGUGCAUACACACACACUUCCUGGAGGCCAUUGGAAAAAUGUAUGCUGCUGGCCUCACGGUGGAUGUGGGGGCACUUUCUCCACCCGAGCCCAUGCCUGUCCCUUCUUCUACGCCAUCCAUUGCUAGCCUCAUUAGGUGGGACCACAACCAGGAAUGGGAUGUGGCUCGCUUCAGCACCUCGGCCUCAGGGUCAGACUACGAGGUGAAGAUUGACCUGGAGAGCGAGGACUUCCGCUUCGUCGAGGGCCACACCAUUGACGGGAGGAUCAUCUUGCCUGCCACGGGUUACAUGGUGCUGGCGUGGCAGGCUUUGUGCCGCCUGAAGGGGGUGCAGUGGGAGGACACACCUGUCACCUUCUCAGACGUUAACCUUCACCAAGCCACCGUCCUCUCCACCUCAUCCCCCACCACACUCACUGUCAGGAUCCUGCUGGUCAAGGGAGAAUUCGAGAUUGUUGUAAGUGACUCUGUUGCUGCUUCUGGCCGUAUUCACAUUGGAGUGGACCAGUCGAGUGAGCACGCUUCCCUCAUGAGCUUCCUGGGCAUGUCACAGGGCGAGGGUAGCACCCCCAGCACCGCCACCCCUUCCCUGCAACAGAAGGACGUGUACCGAGAGCUGCGCCUUCGUGGCUACCAGUACGGUGGCCUCUUCCAGGGCAUCGUGAAGGCUGACCUUGCAGGCACAAAGGGAGUCCUCAAGUGGCAGGACAACUGGGUGCCGCUGAUGGACACGCUGCUCCAGUUCUCGCUGCUCGGGGCCAAGCAGCGCGCUCUCAUGCUGCCCACCAGGAUCCGCAGGGUGACCGUGGAUCCCGCCACCUUCCUUGCCCACCUGCACCAGGAGGGCGACGUCAAGACUGCAAUGGUUCACCACAAUGCCAAAAUUGGAGUCACUGCCUGCAGAGGGCUGGUCAUCCAGGGCCUCAAGGCUACCCUGGCCCCAAGACGACCCACCCAGGACAGGCCACUGCUGGAGAGCUAUUGCUUCGUGCCCCUCAGCCUGACUGCCACCCAUGAACUCUCCAGCAAACUGACAGAGGAGACUGCUCUGGGGCUGUUGCUGGACGUGUGUCUUGAGAACGGCCCGGCACGAGGGCUGAAGGUUGUGGAGGGGCUGUGUGGGAACACAUGUCAUGCCCCAGCGCUCAUGAAGACACUCUCAAGGAAGCCCAUGAUGAAGGUGGAGUAUGUAGUGAGUGCAGCCAACACACUGUCAGAAGAGAAGAAAGAAGAACUAACAAACAAUGCAGUGCAGAUGAAGAACGACCUCCCAUCAAGCAUGUCUCCGGCACCCUUCCUCCUUGUCCUCCACCAAACACAAGACGUCCAGGAGGCAGAGAAGAUGGAUGAAGCUGCUUUCAUCUUGACCGACAGCAAGGAAACGGCUGACCAACUGACACAAGCUGGUUUUCUUAAAGUGGCAGCUAUUGAAGGGCUUGAGUUCUACCUCUUCAGAAAGAAGCGCAGUGAGGUGCUACCACACACUACCCUGGAGAUCAGCGAGAAGGACACGCAGUUCUCUUGGGUGACGCCUCUCAAGCAAAUGAUCAUGGCCCAGGAGAACAAGGCUGUGUGGCUCCUGUCUUCUGGCGAGCCCGUCUCUGGCAUCCUGGGUCUUGUUAACUGUCUGCGUAAGGAGGAGGGAGGAGAAAAGAUAAGGUGUGUGUUUGCCCGAGAUGGUAAGGCUGUGUUGAGUCAAUCCCUUCUGAUGCAAGACUUGGCAAUGAACGUCCAACAUAACAAGGUUUGGGGCACAUACAGGCACCUGACUCUGCCCCAGCUGGUCACCAAGCCGUCCCAACAUGCCCUCCUCAAUGUGGCCACCCGGGGCGACCUGGCCUCCCUCACUUGGUUCCAGAUGGCUCAGCCAGAGGCCAGCGAUCCAGGUGGCCGUGAUUCUCUCCUCUGUGAAGUGUAUUAUGCUCCUCUUAACUUCAGGGAUGUCAUGCUGGCCACAGGAAAGCUGCCUCCUGAUGCCCUGCCUGGAGACCUGGCUACAAAGGAGUGCAUUCUUGGCCUUGAGUUUGCUGGCAUGUGCGAGGGCCGGCGUGUGAUGGGUCUGGUGGCUGCGGGAGGCCUGGCAACGUGUGUCCGAGCCGACCCUCUCCUGACUUGGGAUGUGCCCAAGCGUUGGUCCCUGAAGGACGCCGCCACUCUGCCCGUGGUGUAUGCUACGGCCUAUUAUUCUCUGGUGGUGCGUGGAGGCCUCAGGAGUGGGGAGAGUGUGUUGAUCCAUGCUGGGUCUGGGGGAGUGGGCCAGGCUGCCAUCAGCAUUGCCCUGGCUGCCAACUGUACUGUCUACACCACUGUCGGCAGCCUUGAAAAGCGACGCGCCCUGAUGAAGCGUUUCCCGCAGCUGACGGAUGAUAACUUUGCCAACUCACGCGAUGGAUCCUUUGAGUUCCACAUCCUGGAGCAGACCGGGGGGCGAGGGGUGGACCUGGUGCUGAACUCACUGGCCGGGGAGCUCCUCCAGGCCUCAGUCAGGUGUUUGAGGGAGCACGGACGCUUCCUGGAGAUCGGCAAGGCUGACCUGUCCAACAAUGCAGCCCUGGGUAUGGCAGUAUUCCUCAAGAACGUCACCUUCCAUGGCAUUCUGCUGGACUCGCUCUUUGAUGCGUCUCCGGAUGAGCGGCGGAGGCUCCACACCCUUGUCAGCGAGGGUAUCAAGAAGGGCGUGGUGAAUGUCCUGCCGUCCAAACAGUUCAGCCGGGACUCUGCUGAAGACGCCUUUAGGUACAUGGCGGCUGGGAAGCACUUCGGCAAGGUGGUGCUGGAGGUGCAGCCUGAGAAAGAACCGUCCUCAAGGCCCUCAAAGGCGUCCGAACUUGUGCCAGCUGUGCCACGUCUGGCUGCCCACUCGCACCUGGUCUACCUCAUUACUGGUGGGCUGGGAGGUCUGGGAAUGGAGCUGGCCAGCUGGCUGAUCAAUCGCGGUGCCAAGAAGCUGGUGCUCACCUCACGAAGGGGCAUCACCACAGGAUACCAGAGGCUGUGUGUGCGGCGGUGGAGUGAGUCCGGGGUGAGUGUGCGGGUGGUGACGCAGGACGCCUCCACCCUGGCCGGGGCAAAGGCUCUGCUCAAGGAGGCAGCCCAGGACGGACCCAUCGGAGGCAUCUUCCACCUGGCUGUGGUUCUUCAAGAUGCUUUGCUGGAAAACCAAACAGAGGAGACCUUCAGGCAGGUGAACAAGGUAAAGGGUGAAGGAGCCGUGGCCCUGGACACUGCCUCCCGUGCUGCCUGCCCUGACCUGCACCUGUGGGUCACCUUCUCCAGCGUCGCCUGUGGCAGGGGCAACAUUGGCCAAACUAACUACGGCUGGGCCAACUCUGUGUGUGAACGUGUGGUUGAGGAGCGUGUGAGGGCCGGGCUGCCGGGCGUGGCCAUCCAGUGGGGUGGUGUAGGGGAUGUUGGCAUCCUUGCUGACACCCUGGGAGAAAUUGAGGUUGGUGGCACAAAGCCCCAGUCAGUGCGGUCGGUCCUGGAGUGCCUGGACACCCUGCUGCUGGCCCCCUGCCCUGUGGUGUCCUCCUUCUGCCUGGCCUCCUCCUCCGCCAAGAGUGACGGGGCUGGCGGUGCGUCGCUGCUCAAGGCUGUCGCAAACAUUCUUGGCAUCAAGGACGUCUCCAAGGCACCCAUGGACAUCAGCCUCGGGGAUCUCGGCCUUGACUCCCUCAUGAGUGUCGAGGUGAAGCAGACCCUGGAGCGCGAGGCGGACUUGGUGCUGUCACCCACCCAAGUGCGGGAACUCACCCUGCGUGCCCUGCAGGACCUGGACAAGGGCGGCGCAAGUCCUGCUCAGGAUGCGGCCAAGGCAGGGAAGGAGUCCUCUGCAACAGGUGACAAUGCCACCUCUGACGACCUUACCUGGCUGAGCCUUCCCCUGGUGCCUGAAGUGACAGUUACUGUCCUGAAGGAGUCUGGAAGCUCAAGCAUUCCACUCUUCCUGGCUGCCCCCAUCCAAGGCUCAGCCGACCCUUUGCUGCAGGUGGCUCAGAGGCUAGACAGGCCUGUGUAUGGCCUUCAGUACCCACCUGACCUUCCCUGCCAGUCCAUCACCCAGGUGGCUCGGGCAUUAGUCCAGGAGCUGCUGCGCCUGCACCCAUCAGGAGAGUAUGCCAUUGGAGGCUAUUCCUUCGGCACCGCUGUGGCUCUGGAGAUGACCAGAAUGCUGGAGGCUGAGGGUCGGCAGCCAGCCUCCAUUGUGCUGCUGGAUGGCUCUCAGUCCUAUGUGUCUGGCAUCAUUGAGGGCUACAAGUCCCGCCUGGACCGUGCUGGUUCACCUGCAGCUGAGUCCUCCAGCAGCGCCAAGGCCCAGGAGGAGGCAGAGGUGCUGAUGGUGUUUGCCAUGCAGUUCAUCUCCAUGGAGGCGGCCACUCUGAAGAAGCCCCUGAUGUCCCUGAACUCCUGGGAGGAAAGGGUGAACCAUGUGGCCAAGGUGGUGACCCAGAGAAGAGCCGCUUCUGGUGUCACUUCCAAGAAUGACAUUCAAGAUGCUGUGAAAGCGGCAGAAUUAUUGUAUGAUCGGCUGAGGGCAGGCAGUGAGCACCGCUGGGAGGGGCACGUGAAGGCCCCAACCCUGCUGGUCAAGGCCAAAGACAACCCUCAGUCAGCUGCUCUGGGCCAUGACUACGGCCUUGCCAAGAUCACCAAGUGCAGCUUACAGAUAGAGGUGGUGGCCGGCAGUCAUGAGACCUUUGUGCUGGGUGCCAGUGGCCAGCAAGUGGCCAGUAUUGUUCAGAAAUUCCUCAAACAGACACCCGGACUAACGAAUGGGUGCUGAGGACAGAACCUGAUGGGUAUUCGUGCAGGGAACAGUACUCCGGCCAUCUGUGAUAGUGGGAGAGAGCAGGAAGUGACAAGAGUUGGGCAGUGAAGGGAUUCUCUUUGAUAUUACUGGAGCAAGGUAAUUAUGGUGAAGUUUAAGUACAUCAUGCAGAGCCUCUCUUUGAUAUGGAUUUAAUAUUAAUAGUUCUGUUCCUUGUUAUAAUAAAGGCAAUGUGAGUGAUCUGCGUGGAUCAUGUUAAAGAGGAGUAACCAUCUUCACAUAUAAGCCAGUGUUGACUUGAAGAUUUCGUAAUAUACCAUAUUUAUAGUUUGCAUAUACUAUGUCGGAAGUUCUAUUAAUGUACAUAGAUUUAUAUAGAAUCAUGCUCUUAAUUUAUAAUUUUUAAUUAAUGCAUUAUAUACCUCGUACGUGUGAGUGUGCGUGUGUGUGUAUCUUAGCAUGUAUGUGUGUGUGUUAGUACUGCCAGCCUGGAUCUUACCUUUCGUCUCAAACACUUGAAUGCUGUCUAAUGGCACUAAUUACAUAUGUAGUACUGUGUCUUAAGUUGACAGUCCCUUGGUACCCUCAUAGCCAUGAAGGUGUUGGUGAGCACAAGAACAAAAGGUUCCGGCAGCAGUGGAAAAGCUGUAUAGAGAGGAAAACUGUGUGUGAAUGUUGUAUUUAUCAUCCCACCAUGUAAUAUAAGAUUGUAAAUAUUUAUCUGAUUGCCAUAGUGUAUCAAGGACAGUGGCAUAUAUACAACUUCCUCAUUCCUCCGAGAGUGAGUCAGCACGGUGUUCAUAGUUGUGGCGGCGUUGCUUGUAGUGUUCUAGUGGGCCUGACGCUGCUCAGGACUUGCAGUGCCAACAAUGCAAGUUAUUUUCCUAGACUUUAUUAGGAAAAGAAGUGCACUAUAUUUUUUGAAGUCACAUUUCCUAUAUUUAUAUACGCACAUUAGGUUGAGUGUAGAAGUGUAGCUGUAGGUUUUGUUGAUAUGAGCUGUAAUUUAAGCACAUUCACAUACAUCAAUGUAAUUACACAGGGAUGCUUUCUUUGGAACAUUUCUGAAUAUUAUACGUGUGGGCUUUAAAAGUCGAGAAACUCUUGGUCUCCAAAUACUACAAUUAAGUGAUCCUUUUUUUUUUUUUGUUACCGUGCAGUGUUGUGUAUUGACUGGCAGGUUUGAGGUGUGCCUGUAGACAUAUAUAUUUGCUUGUGAUAUAUUAUUGUCAGCAACUCUUUGUCAUUAUAUAUAUCCAGUGUACUACUUGUUCAGAUUCAUCAUCAGUUUGAUAGUUUUGCUAAGGAACACAGACCUCUUCCAAGUGUUUGUUUCUUCAGUGUGAGCAUUCCUCUUAAUUCUUGAUACACACCAUCAGCUGAAUUGCCCUCCCUCCUGUCUUUGUACGGUGGGCCUUUCCCCACACUCUUCACACUCAGUCUCUGGCGCUGCUGUGUUGUUUGUCAUAUUUUCCAGUUUGUCACUUUUUGUCAUCUGUUGUCCUCUUUCUUACAUAAGUAUCCUGACCAUUGGCAUUUUUCCCUUUUAACUGCCUUUAUCAUGUCGACUACUUUCAUGUUUUCUCGUAUGCUGUCCUUGUUCUCGUAGCUGUCUUUCUAAUUCAUUUUUGUGGUUCAUACAAUUCUCUAGGACUGUUCAGACUGGGUGUGUAUAAUUGAGUCUGUUGUUACCUGCUCAUUUUUCACGAAGUAUUAAUUAUUUUAGACUGUGUAUUAAGAUUUUUAUGCACUCCUUUCAUACAGGACGGACAAAAACACACCUUGUGUUACAAAGGUCCCUUAGAUGGAAUCAAAACAUGAAACUUAUUUUUGGAUUAGCAAGAAUUUAGCCAUGUACUUGGAACAAUUCAGGAAAAUAAUAACAGGAAUCAUUGUCAAUCUGAAUAAAGAAUACAAACUAAAAAUA